UCAUUAUUUUGCUCGGAAGAAAUUAACGGAGCAGGAAGACAUGACUUUUCAGUGAUAAGAAUUAAUAUUUUAUUGAAAAUGAACAUGACCGAUCAUACUAACCGGAAGCACGCAUGUAAACAAAGGUGGAUCGUUCGGGAUUUCCCCCCCAAUUUUUUGUUAAAACGUGGGAUGCAUUUAGACGAGUGGACCCUUGGUGUUUCUUGGAUUCGUCUGAAAUGAUCAGAACCUAUGAGAUGAUAUAGGAGAGGACAGAGAGGAGAGAGGGGUAUGGAAACGGCAAAUGACCACGAGUCAGGAAUCGAACUCGGGUCGCCGAAAGUGCAAAAGCACCACAUGUCUAAGCGCUGUCCACUAAUAACACCAUCGGCUCCGAAGGAUAUAAAAAAAGAAUGUGUUAUUUCUUUUUGUGAAAUAGAAAAUGCAGAAAACAUGUAGCCUACUGGUUACACCAAAUUAACUGUUUAAUAACACCCUCUUAAUUUAUUUAUUUACUUAUUAUGAUGAUUAUCAUAUGUUGUUGUUGUUAUUAUCAUUUCUAUUAUUUUAAUCUUCUUUUCUUUUGUGGUUUUAAUUUAUUUUUUAAAAUAAUUACUUGUAUAUUAAGUGCGGUUUGUAGGGCUUGAAAUGAAAUAUGUGAAUAUAAGUGUAUUUAUUUAUUUAUUUUAAUGUAAAUAAAUGAAUGUUACUCAUUGAUUCUGUUCAUGCGAUUUUGUGUUUUUAAUCGUGUGUGUGUGUGCGCUGUGUAUUAUCACAAAAGAAAAAAUGUUUAAAAUGUUAUUUUGUGUAAUAAUAAACAAGCAUUAAAUGAGGUGGUAAUGUACAUAUUAUUACACGUAUGUCAUCUAAAACACUUACAGUUAUUUAAAAGCUGGUGACAACUUUACAUACAUUUUAAGUAUUCUUCUUAAAAGCUCAGACUAAAAUAUACAAUGAUCCCCGUUUAAAUCUUUUGAAUAUUUGUCUCUAUGUUUACCUUUAAUUAAUUUCGAAACAUUUUAAACUUAAAGUUUGCAAAUGGAUUUGUCUUUGAGAAAAAAACAAAUGUUAAUGUCUAACACAGUUUGUUAUGAAUGAAAUGCCAGAGAAUUAAAUUUGCCUUAAAAGAUGUUACAUUUAAACUCUUAAGAAUCGAAUUUUUAUUCAAAGUUUAAACCAAGCACACUAAUACAUUAAUAAACAUCAAUUUUCCGAAAAAAAUAUGGCGAUUUAUUUAUUAAAAUCAACACAAAUAGCAAGCAGUACAACAAAUAAUACUGACAUGGCGUGUAAAUAUUAAACACAUAAAUGACAUGGCGUGUUAUUUAUGGCGUGUAAAUAUUAAACAUAAAUAAGAUAAUAUUUUAAAAGAUGUAAUACUUUUUUUUUUCAAAUGUUACAUCAACAUAAGGGCGCUGCAUUCAAAAUAGGUCAGGGGUGUUUACUAAACUUAUCAAUGGACUGAAAGAAAUUUUACCGUUGAAGACUUUUUAUCUGACAUAGAAAAGAUAGACAAUUAAAUAAUACAACUAAUAUUUAUAAAGCAAUUAUCAAAAAAUUAUAAUGAAAAUAUAUAAUGUAUAUGUUUUUAUUGUGGUUGCCAUGGUUUCGCUACAGUAACAAUGGUUAAUUUUCGCAAGGGUGACGCUGUAAUACUGUGAUUAUUACGUAGAGUUUCAGAGGCUAUAAAAGUCAGCGAGCCCUUCAUUAUUUCGUGGGUUUACAGUUCGGCGUGUUUUGGUACUUUCAAGUCCAAGGCUAUUUUCAGCGUUUUUCGUGCUUUUUUGUGUGGUGUUUGUUCUGCGUGUUUGUUUGUUGUUUGUCGUGUGGAUUUUGUGUUUGUCAUGAAUCCCGUUAUCGUUAUUCAACGAGGAUCGCGGAGAUGUAUUUCAGCGGACGAGUUUCUUGCUGAGUUGGACAACGGGUCGACUCUCCUGUUUUUCAAGGAGAAUCGGCCCGUCGUUACAAUCAGUAGAGCCGUUUCUGCUCCUCAGUUCACCGAGCCCUCCGUGGAGGAGGCGCUCAUUGAACCGAGCAGUCCGCAUCAGGAUGCGGAGGCUUCGGUGAGAUCCAGUGUGAUCACGCCACCUCCUCCAGAUUCGACAGCAGAGGAAGCCUGUCCAGAGGAGAAGGCCAUGGUCGAGGUUGAAGGUCCUGAGGAGGAGGCAUCAGGAUCUUCAUCCGACCAUGACCUUUCUCCAGUGUCUGGUUCAGGCUCUGACUCCAGCUCUCUUACUGAAGGGAGUUCCUCUGUUGUGGACAGUUGCAGUGGGGUUGAGCCAUCCACAGAGGCAGCCGGCAGACAUCAGGAGGACGCUCACAGCUCCGACCUGACUCCUGCUGAUGGAGGCGCCGCUCCCCCAUCUCCUGCGUUGCAGACAGCAGAGGAAGCCUGUCAGUCUGCCUCAGUUGCGCCGCCUCAGCCCCAGACGUCUGCGUCCUCUCAGCAAAAUAACGCAGACAAGAUGGAGGCUAGUUUAUCAUCUCUACCUUCACUUCCAGAUGGGUCGACCGCUCCGGUGGCACCCCCUCAGCCACAGCCGUCUUCCUCCUCUCAGCAAACUAGUGCUGACGAUGUGGAGGACAUGAAAGUGGAGACAAGUUUACCAUCUACACUUUCACCUCCUCACAGUCCUGCACCUCCUCCCACCUUUCCUCCUCCUCGGCGUCGGGCCCUCAAGCGUCCGGCUCCUUCAUCACAGGAUGAGAUGGAGCCGGCCGCAAAGAGAGCCAAACUACAGAGGAUGCCAUCCUCCUCUCAGCGAAAUAAAGCAGACGCUGAGGAGGUCCCCUGUUCUCCUGUCUCUCAACAUUCAUCUCCUCACGGGCUGUUGGCUGAGGUCACGCCACCUCCGGCCCAACUUUCACCUCCUCCCGCCUUUCCUCCUCCUCGGCGUCGGGCCCUCAAGCGUCCGGCUCCUCCAUCACAGGAUGAGAUGGAGCCGGCCGCAAAGAGAGCCAAACUACAGAGGAUGCCAUCCUCCUCUCAGCAAAAUAAAGCAGACGCUGGGGAGGUCGACUGCUCUUCUUUCUCUCAACUUUCACCUCCUCAGAGUCAAGCAUCUCCUCCCGCCUCUCGACCUCACCGUCGCCGUCUUUGGCGUCCGGCUCCUUCAUCACAGUAUGAGAUGGAGCCGACGCCAAAGAGACCCAAACUAAAUAGGAUGUCCGCUCUGGUCACGCCUCCUCGGGUCCAGACACCAUCAUCCUCACAGCAAAAUAAAGCAGACACUGCCGUGGCCGACUGUUCUUCAGUUUCUCAACCUUCAUCUAAUAACAGUCGGCCAAGCCCGCAAGUGUCUCCUCCCUCCUUUCCUCCUCCUCAGCCUCGCUCGCGCAAGCGUCCGGCACCAUGCACUUCACAGGAAGCAUCUGAAGGCAUGGUGUCAGAGGCCAAGAGACCCAAACUUGAUGGGUUACUUUAAAAAAAACAAAAACAAGAAGAGGGGGCGAAACCUUACCUCCUCAAACCCCAUCACCAUAUGGAGAAAAAAAAUAAAGAUUUUUUUUAUUAAACAGAGUAGUGGAGAAAACAAAAAUGAGAAAGAUUGUUUGUGACGCAUUCAUUAUGUUCAUUUAUUGCGACAAACUUAAAUGUAAUGUGAUUAUCAGUCACAUCAAAUGAAAAUAGCAAAAAUGACUGUAAACCUAAUAAGACAAAGACCCAAGUUAGGUUGAAAUCACUGGGAGAGAACCUUCACUAAAGUUUCUCAGUUCUCCUUUAAUUCCUAUAGUAACACUAAACAGACAGAUCACAGAUGAGUUUAAACAGUUAACUAACUUCAAAUCAAUUCAAGGUCUUUACAUCUUCUAACAAUCUGAUUAUGAGGUUAAAAGAUCAGAAAGGUUUUCAAACGUCUCUCUACAGCUGACGUAUAAUAUAUGAGAUAUUUCUGACUGCAGCAAUAACUUAUAAAACAUAACACUUAUUUUUAUUUUCAUAAGCAAACAUUGAAGUUGAUCGGUUAUGACGUGGACGACUAAUGAAAACUUGACCGUAAAUCAUUUCUGAAGAGUUUGUUUUUAAUGAACACAGUCAAUAAUCUUUUAUUUAAUAUCUAAAGGUGAAAACGUCUGUAAGGUUUACACUGUAAGAGAGAUCUGUAUAUGAACUGUUGACUGUUAAUGUUUGUAUAUAGCACAUGAUUCACAUUGUUUUCUUUAUCACACUGCAUGCAGGGAUCUUGAUGGCCACAUUAAGGAGGUGUUCAGAGGUAAGUCAUUUUAUUACAAAUGUUACUUUAUAAAUCACUGUUUGAUUAUUAUAAGUCAUUUGAAAUGAUAAACAUCCAGUGAUGCUCUGAAUGAACUGAGAUUUAUUCAUAAAAACAUGAACACACAGUGUUUCUGUUCAUCUCGUGUUAUUCUUGAGUAGAGUAGUAUUUCAUCCUGAAGAGUCUUUAGUUUGAUCAGAUUUAUUAAAGGCAGAUCAGCUGUACCCAUGGAGGUGUACCGCGGGAGGAGCGAGUCAAGAGCAAGCAACACACACAAAACAUUAUCUCACUAUCUCUGUAUAACUUAUGAUUCACUACAUGUUCAUAUCGACGAUUGCCAACAAGACACAGACAUUUGAUGCAGUUGGGACCGCCCCUUUUCAACGAAAUCCAGCUUUAACACACACGCACAACUCCGCUGCUACUCUGUUUCAGGGUUUAUUUUAGUUCAUGACAUUUAUCUUCAGAGGACUUCUGCGCAUGUGUGCACUUAUGAUGAGCGUUCAGCAGCCUUGGAAGCACAUAUUUUGUGCUAUAUUAUAAUGAUAAAGCAGUUUUAUUACAUUUACAGUUGCAAAUAUAAAUUGCUGUCUAUCUCUGUCUUAGAAAAUUUAUGUUUUCUUUUUGAA